AAUUUCUUUAAGGACCACAAAAACAAUAAUUUCUAAUUGUGUAUUUGGUGUGCAGUCACUGCAAAUGUUUGUUUCUGCAUACAUAUGCAUCCAAAAGAUUUGUUUGUGUUCUUAAUAAUGUAUUUGUAGCUUACUACAAAACUAGGUAUCCUAAAGGUGAAGGUAAAUGUUUAAGGUCAAUCUAUAAAAAACUUGCUGGGACUUUUUUUUAUUAGAAAUGCAAUCUUUUUUAGAUUGAAGCAAGUUUUGACGGCGACUGGCAAAAGAGAGGCUCCGGUUGGAAUUAUAAUAGUAAUACAUGUAAAUAAACAGCAUUCAUAUUAUAUAAUUUAAUGUCUGACAUUCAUGAUUUAAUUACUGUAUUUUGUUAAAUUUUGCUGAAUCAAUUAUUAAUAUAAAUAACUUAAUUGGACAAAGAAUUAAUUUCACUAUUUAGUUUGAUAUAAGACAUGUAAGAAGCUGUAGUUAAAGAAAUAUCUUCCCAUACUUAUUUUUAUUCAAUCCCUAGGCUAGAUCUCUUUAACUUACCUGGUUCAAUUAUAGCAAAUAGGUGAGCUUUUGCCAUCAUUUUGCAUACAUUAUAGAAGUAAGAUGUGUUACAUGAUUGCCAGUGACUCAACUGUCCACCAGAGCUCAAAUGAAUUGGAAGUAGGCAAUUAUAGCUAGACAACUAUAAAACCUUCAAUAAUGAGAAAAACUUAUAUCCAACAUGAAAAAUACCAAACAAUUCAAAUGAAAAAACUAACGGCGUAAAUAAUAACAAAACAAUUUAUGAAGAAAAUAUGACAGAUGUAAACUAACAACAACCACUGAACUACAGGCUCCUUAUUAUCAAUAUCUGUCCGUCAUAUUAAUCUGUAACAUUACAUCUGUGAACCUUUCAUUAAAAUAUCCAUUAUCCUACACUUCUAAACAAAUUGAAACCAAACUUCAAAAAAAUAUUUACUAAACUGUUUAUCAUUGCAUCAUGUAUGUAAUACCUUUUACUUUAAUUCUUGCAGGACAUGCAACUUUUAUUGGAAAGGAGACAGGAAAGGUGUUGUCCUUUGAUUUAAGGAGUAAGACUUGUAAGGUUUGUGAAUUCCAUCUUAAUAGAAAAGAGACUGUUCCGGAGCAUGAGUGUCAGUUGAAUUGGCAUGGCUCUAGUAAAUCCAUGGAGGCAGAUAUGGCGGUUUCUAUGGCCCACAGAUUAAAAGGUGAUGAAUGUGAAAUUAAUGUCAUACAUGCUGAUAAUGAUGCAGCAACAUCAGCCAGACUUGAAGUUGAGUUUGAAAAUAUAAAGAAAAAAGAUGACCAGAACCAUGUAAAGAAGGGUAUAUCAACAAGCAAAUAUAAUAUUUCAAAGAGGUAUUUUCACAAAUUAAUUUUAGUGUUACGAGUAUGUCUAUGAUAUGAAAAGGCUUAAGCCCAUCCUUUACCAAAUCAAAUCAUACUUAU